GUUUUUUUCUGUGUCCUCAUUGGCUCAUAGUGCAGUGUAACAAAACUAGGUCAGCCUGCCAUCUCCCAGCAGGGAUCCUGUCCCCUCCUAGACUAUGGGCUGGUAACACAGUUACAGUCAGCUAUCAGUCUCAGGAUCUGUGUACACUCUGCUCACUCACUGGCAACAAUGUCCAAAGAAGACAGCGUCAAGGGAUACUUGGAUAUCCCAGAAAUGCUCAAAUCACUCCUGGACUACCCCCUCCCUCGGCAAGGGACAGGUAAACCCCAAUCAAUGCAUGCGAUUUUAUUGUUUUGGGUUCUGAACAGUAAUUGGGUAUCAUGCUUAGUUGUGAACAUUAUAAACAGUUUGGCCAUGCAGACCCGCUGGAAAAGUGCUAUCUGUUAUAUUUAUAUGCAACAGGAGGAAAAUUGGUUAACUGAUCAAGGCAGUUUAUUUUGUGAAAUCCAUCAUUAAUUUUAUAGCCAAUUGUAGUGAAUUGUAAAAACAGAUUGCAAAACGUAGGCUAAUAUCGCCAGACUGUGACUAUAGCAGAAUUGGAAAAUGUGACUAAAUUAGACAUUUUAGAACUCACUGUGUUUAGUGAACUAACCCCAUAGUUAUUCUUCAGUCUGCAGACCCUGGCAGGGCAGUCCAUAGUGUCUGCAGUACUAAAGGAUCACUACCUCUUUGUUCCUUGUUUGCAAUCUGCAUGGCUGUGAACUCUAACCACCAUUAUUCUCGGCCAGAUAAUUACAUUCUGCUACACCAGGACCACAUCCACAGUGUCUGAAGUGCAAAAGGUUCACUGUUUUUGCAUGCCUCAUGUUUGCACUAGGCUUUAUAAUGUCUUACUUAUCAGACUAGGAGUGAUGGCAGUCUCAGUCCAUGUUAUUUUUUAUGUGCUAAAUAUUCUAUUUGUAGAAACAGGGGUUAGAAGGCAGCUAUGAAUGGUUGCAUUCCAGCUAUAGACUCCUGCAGUCCAUAUUAUCUAACACCGAGAACAAACUUGAACCAUGGUUGUACACCACUAAGUGGAUAGAAAGAAGUCAAAUACAAAACUUAUAAAAUAACUGCAGUAGUAAAAAUAUUCGUCUGGGUCUUCUAAGCAAACACAUAUACAAUCUACCCAAAGGAACUGCAAUAGCAUAAUAUUGUAUGAUACCAUAAAAAUGGAGUGAGAAUAUAUUGCACUCACAAAAUUAAAAUUUAUAGUAGGCACAUCAAAGGAACCUUCUUUUUUCCAAAUCAAUAUAUGUGGGAAAAGAAGCAAGACAUCCACAUAAUGUAGCAGUAAAACAAUACACACUAUUUUAGUAACAUGUCUGUAAGUCCACCUAUUGUACAGCGCUACAGAAUUUGUUGGCGCUUUCUAAAAAAUUUUUUACUAAAAAAAACCAGUGGACUUGCUGACAGGUCUCCGCCAUUUCCUGGUCCAUUGCAGAAAUCAGAGGCCAGAGAUUUACUGCAAACUAAAGCCCUUAAAAGUUAAGUGUAUUUUUGCGUUAUCACCAUGUUGCUUUACAAAGUCUGGGUGCCCCAUAACAAGGGUAAAAAAACUGUUCAUGUUUUGUGUAUACAUACAUGUUGGAAUGCUGGGCUGAGAGUGCAACCAAAAGCAUUUGCUGCACCCUUAAGUUCUGUGAAAUAUGAUAAUAAUGAACCUGUUUCGCAGAUGCACUCAUUGACCUCUUCGCUACGAGGAGGCCUUUAUUGUUCUGUAAGUUAAAGGUUUUUACUUGCUAUGGGGCUUUAGGUCUUAUUUGUCUUUCACUACAUCGGGUAUUCUUCAGGAGACCUAUUUAAUGUUUAUUGAAUAGCAUUUAUACAUAAUGUUCAAACCUCCAUGAGACUUAAAGGGACGUUCCAACUACCUGAAAAACUUGCGUUCCCGUUAAAGCUUAAGGUAAAAUAACUUACCUUGCUUAGUGUGCAUUCUGUAAUUGUGCACAUUUUCAGAAAAAUCUUUGGAAUUGGGUACUACCACUGGCUUUUGCUUCCAGCAACAACAAAGAAAAAAGCAGUCUGCUGAAGGCAGGUGUUACCAUGCUUGGUAGAACCAUGAAUGCUUGCACUUGCAACCACAGUGAGGGUUCCCUACAGUAUUGUACAUUCUACAAGGCAUUCAUUAGGAAAGUGUUAAGAUUGCCACUGCGUGAAUGUGAUCAGUACAUGCACAUUUAUAUGGUGCCAUAUUAGUUGCGUGCAUGCUCCUGGCGAUACAGGCUUGCAUGCUUAGCGUUGCUCCAAUAUAUUUGGAUGAGAAACACUCCAGGCUGAAGUACUCAUACUGACUGCACUGGAAUCUCAACACAACAUUCUGUUUGUGGAGUCUCAACGUCAUGUGGUUCUGCAGUAUACAGCAAUUUUAUUUAUCACGUAAGAAGGAACUUAUGCAUAAAGUUAUAGCUGUGUGACUGUGGUUGCACUGCUGACUACUGCGUCCACAUUUUUUUUUGGAGUCAAGCCAUAAGGUAUAAUUGUUUGUUUGCACCUUUUCGUUGUUCGUGGUUAGACAAGAAGUAGACUAUUAUUAGAGAAAGGGAUUUAUUUGAGCAGGCAGAGGGAGAGGUAUAUUUUCCUACUCAGAUGUCAGGUACACAAGGAACCGACUACAGGGAUACUUUUAUUUGUUCUCUUGCAUAUGGAUGCAGUUAUAGGUAACUGUAAGCAGGGUAUCCUUACACCAUAACCUAAGCAAGCAGCAAACGGUAUUAUAUUAUUAAAUGCUCACCCAGUCUCCACUGCUUCAAAAAAAUCAUUAAAAACCCACUUCUUCUUAAAAGCGUAUCAAUUAAACUGUUAAUAGCUCCCGACUGAUUCCUGUUCUGCAACUGUCACUAGUCUAAUACUAUCCUUACCUUUUUGUGUCAUUUUACCCCACUCCCUCUAGCAUGUAAGCUCAUUGAGCAGGGCCCUCAACCCCUCUGUUCCUGUGUGUCCAACUUGUCUGGUUACAACUACAUGUCUGUUCGUCCACCCAUUGUAAAGCGCUGCGGAAUUUGAUGGCGCUAUAUAAACAUAAUAACAAUAAUAAUAGUCCUUGAAGUGUCAUUUGGGAAAAAAAUUUAAAUGGCAACCCUAUGUUUGGAAUGUAGUUUAUAAACACAAUGAUUGGGUGUAGCAGCUUAUUCAGCUCAGUGGUACAUCAUAAGUUGUGGGGCAAGUUUCUAGUUAAUCUACUUCCAUCUAAUUAAACUAAUUUAAGUCUGUUCCAGGUGUGAUAUUGAAGAACAGGGAGGGUACAGUACGGGGGUGGAAAUUGCUUUGGAAUCAGUGCCAGUUGCCUAAUGAAACGCUUGAGGCACUAAAUGUACAAAAAUGCAUCAGGUAAAAUGUCACGCAAAUAAUUAUCCUGACUUUGCCAACUUUUAGCAUGUAUGUAAAACUAGGUCAGUUAUAUUACCAGGAAUUAUUGUUCAGGUGCCUCCUGCCUAGAGUCCCAUUUUACAUAAUACAGAUUAACAACACACACAUAAAAAUACCGUUUUACAUUUUAUAAUGCAGAUUAAAAUCACCUCUCAGCAAACAAAUAUGGGGAUUUGGUUCCACCUUAUGGCCAUAUUGUAUUAAGCCCACCACUACACCACAGUACCCCAAUAUCAGUGGGUCCUACACUAAUUCCAACGUCGGAGCUAAAUUAAAUAGUGCUAAAUAAGCAAAAGUGUAUUUGAGACAGGGGAUUUAAAGUAGCCUUAUUAAAUUUACAAAUGUGUUUUAUGUGUGUGCUGUUCCUUAAUCUGUAUUAUGUAUAUAUUUUGGUCUCUAAGGCAGCAUCGUGCAUGUUCUGGCUGUGCCCCCAAUUCCUUUGUCUUUACUCUGCAGUGCCUUUUUAAAGGGACACUGUAGGCACCCAGACCACUUCAGCUAAUUGAAGAGGUCUGAGUUCAGUGUCUCUAUGGCACUUAGCGCUUAGUUCCAAAGAAACUACAAUGUUUGCAUUGCAGCACUAAAUCUGCAAUGUACUAAAUCUGCAGCACUAAAUAUGCCUCCAGUGGCUGUCUCCCAGACAGCCACUAGUGGGCUUCCUGAAUUUAAACUGACCUUUGGUCUGGUAUCUGACGCUGAGCAUGAGGACACCCGUCAGAUAUUUCCCCCCAUAUAGGGAGGUCUAAUGCACAUGCAUUUUGCGCCUACUCGUCGCAGGAUGUUGGAUGGGGCGGAGCGUCGACAAGGUAAGUAAAUAAAGAGUUGUUAACCCUUUAUUUACCAGGGAGAGGGGGCGCGAGGGAGGGGAGAUGCAGGGGGAGCAACUGUGCUAGGAAUACAGCGAGUGCAGAAUUAUUAGGCAAAUGAGUAUUUUGACCACAUCAUCCUCUUUAUGCAUGUUGUCUUACUCCAAGCUGUAUAGGCUCGAAAGCCUACUACCAAUUAAGCAUAUUAGGUGAUGUGCAUCUCUGUAAUGAGAAGGGGUGUGGUCUAAUGACAUCAACACCCUAUAUCAGGUGUGCAUAAUUAUUAGGCAACUUCCUUUCCUUUGGCAAAAUGGGUCAAAAGAAGGACUUGACAGGCUCAGAAAAGUCAAAAAUAGUGAGAUAUCUUGCAGAGGGAUGCAGCACUCUUAAAAUUGCAAAGCUUCUGAAGCGUGAUCAUCGAACAAUCAAGCGUUUCAUUCAAAAUAGUCAACAGGGUCACAAGAAGCGUGUGGAAAAACCAAGGCGCAAAAUAACUGCCCAUGAACUGAGAAAAGUCAAGCGUGCAGCUGCCACGAUGCCACAUGCCACCAGUUUGGCCAUAUUUCAGAGCUGCAACAUCACUGGAGUGCCCAAAAGCACAAGGUGUGCAAUACUCAGAGACAUGGCCAAGGUAAGAAAGGCUGAAAGACGACCACCACUGAACAAGACACACAAGCUGAAACGUCAAGACUGGGCCAAGAAAUAUCUCAAGACUGAUUUUUCUAAGGUUUUAUGGACUGAUGAAAUGAGAGUGAGUCUUGAUGGGCCAGAUGGAUGGGCCCGUGGCUGGAUUGGUAAAGGGCAGAGAGCUCCAGUCCGACUCAGACGCCAGCAAGGUGGAGGUGGAGUACUGGUUUGGGCUGGUAUCAUCAAAGAUGAGCUUGUGGGGCCUUUUCGGGUUGAGGAUGGAGUCAAGCUCAACUCCCAGUCCUACUGCCAGUUCUGGAAGACACCUUCUUCAAGCAGUGGUACAGGAAGAAGUCUGCAUCCUUCAAGAAAAACAUGAUUUUCAUGCAGGACAAUGCUCCAUCACACGCGUCCAAGUACUCCACAGCGUGGCUGGCAAGAAAGGGUAUAAAAGUACAAAAUCUAAUGACAUGGCCUCCUUGUUCACCUGAUCUGAACCCCAUUGAGAACCUGUGGUCCAUCAUCAAAUGUGAGAUUUACAAGGAGGGAAAACAGUACACCUCUCUGAACAGUGUCUGGGAGGCUGUGGUUGCUGCUGCACGCAAUGUUGAUGGUGAACAGAUCAAAACACUGACAGAAUCCAUGGAUGGCAGGCUUUUGAGUGUCCUUGCAAAGAAAGGUGGCUAUAUUGGUCACUGAUUUGUUUUUGUUUUGUUUUUGAAUGUCAGAAAUGUAUAUUUGUGAAUGUUGAGAUGUUAUAUUGGUUUCACUGGUAAUAAUAAAUAAUUGAAAUGGGUAUAUAUUUGUUUUUUGUUAAGUUGCCUAAUAAUUAUGCACAGUAAUAGUCACCUGCACACACAGAUAUCCCCCUAACAUAGCUAUAACUAAAAACUACUUCCAAAAAUAUUCAGCUUUGAUAUUAAUGAGUUUUUUGGGUUCAUUGAGAACAUGGUUGUUGUUCAAUAAUAAAAUGAAUCCUCAAAAAUACAACUUGCCUAAUAAUUCUGCACUCCCUGUAGUAUCCGUUUAAGCAUAAAAAAGAACAAAUCUGGAGAUUGUGGAAAAAAUACUAUUCAAUAGGUUUUAGUAUUAAGGUACAUUCCAGGCUUGGGCUGGGCUCCAUUUUAAUGGAUUAUGUAUUCAUAAUUCCACUAAUAAUGUAUAUAAAGUAAGCAAACCCAAGAUAGUCCACCAAACAUAUAGAAGGGCAACAAGAACACCCCCUCUCCCCCCGCGCAACUCCCUUGGUUAAGAGUACCUUUCACCCAAGGCAUAGAAUACAAUCAUCAACUUACAUUGCCACAAGAAGGAGAAGCUACAACCGAUUAUCUACACACCUCAGAGGUCACACAAAUGUGUCCACUCACCUCUAUGCUCACAAACACUCUCACUUUACAUAUAUUUACACCCAAGUGUGCAAUAACCACCUCCUAUUUAGCCCCCCAGCACACGGGACUACGAUGCAAGGACUGACUAAGCGACCCACACCAAUAACCAAACAAGUAACACGUAUAGCAGGACCUAGGUCCACGUUUACAGCAUGUAAAAAAUGUUAAAAUGGUGCAGUUACACAAUGUUAUCUACCCAUGCAAUGUUAUAUAUCGAAACCUCUAUUACGCAAAAUACUGUUUUAUGUAUGGUUCAUGCAACGCACUGCAAAAAUAAAGCAUUAAAAAAGAAAAAAAACAUUGCAGUUCCAGCUGAGAGCUCUGUUCAGACUACGAACCAGCUUCUAACUGUUAUAAUGGCUGGUAACUGUUGAUACCCCUCUCAUUAUUUUCAAUGUGAGUACUGAGUAUAUCCCAUAAUUUGUUGCUGAGCAAGGAUUUAUGGGAUACAUUGUUCAGCACUAGACAGCAGAGCCAUUCUUAAGAAAACAUGAGUGAACAUGUAAUCCAAGUUGAGUUGUGUUACUGCUGACGUCCCAAGAAUGCAGAAUAGACCUUUCACUUGACAGAUCACAUGAUGUCAGUAAGAUCUCCUCCACUAGCCACUGCUCGCACAUGUCUACAAUGUUAGACACAAGUAGGAACAUAAUGACAGGGGAAACUGGUUGCACCACAUUAUGCACUAGGACAGUGUUUAUGGUGCAAAUAGGCUGAGUGCUGACUCCCUAUUUUUUACUAAACCAUUGUCAAGCGGAAUGACCAAAAACAGGCUUUUUUGCUACCAAAGGCCUGCCACACAGGUAAAUUGAUAGUGCUUUGCUAGGUGUAUUGCUGAAUAGUUGGAGAGAUGUUGGAGAUAAGAGGCGCAACCAUUCUGCAAAUGGGUACAAACAGUGAGAGUGGUAAAUCAGGAUGUUAUUCUGUAUGCUCCGUUGUCAAUCUUAUUGAUGGUUUUGCAGAACCUGGACGCACUGAUUGCCCCCUGUGAGAAUCAUAUUUGUGUCCCUAAGUUGGUUCCAUGCAGCAGUAGAGACAAAUCUGACGGAGAUGGGAGGUGUUGGAAUCCAGAGUGAUGCUGGUGGUCCACCUUCAAUGAGAGCACUUGCAUCCUAGAUUUACUUGUUGCUACAGCUUGAACACAAUAUCUCUUUUUCAGUAAAAAAAUAAAUGUCCAUCUGCCACAUAUUUUCUACACAGUCAAAAGAAGAGAUUAUGUGGUGGGUGUUUUUAGAGGCAGGUAAUUCUAUGAUAUACAGCAAAUUCUUUCCUAUACACAAGGGUAGUUUUAGACAUGCAAUAGGCCUUUCAAAGCCCAGUUUGCCAACUGUGUGAAAGUUACAUGGUUGGCAUUGUAUUGGCUCAAAUCCAUAGAGGAAAGACUGGUGACACACAAUGUACAUGCAGAAGAUGUAGCAGACUACUGUAAUAGUGAAAGUUAUGUUUUGGCUGUAUUGUGGAGUUCUGAGCACUGGGAAUAGUGGUAUGAUUGGUAAGUCUUUUUAAAGACUUGAGAAGAGGAGAGAGAGAGUGUUACGGGUCAUGUGGAAUUCGCAUAUCAUGUGGUAUCCUUUCAAUACUCAUUACUGAUGUGAAUUUGUGCCAGUAUACUACAGUCAUACCACCGGAAACAAAAUAUUAAUGUGCAUAUUAAAUGUCUCCUGUCCUACUUCAAGAGAGGAAUUGGAGUAGUGAAAGAACUCUCUUGACUUUUGUUCCACUUUUGAUGGGUGUGCAAUUGUGAUCAAUGCAUGUGAUUUUACUGUAUGAAAGGCUUAUUGCUUACAGAUGUGGGGUGGUGACAUGCAUGGUUAAAAUAGCUAAAUAUGCAAACAUUCCUAAAUUUACAGUAAUUUUGACAUCUAAUUAUUCAAAGAACCAAAUGUUUAUUAAAAUAGCUAAUAAUAAAAAGUGCAAUGUAACAGUGAUUGAGCUGUUAAAAUCCUUAAAGGAACAAUCUGGGCACUGUAAGGUCACUGGCAGAAUUUUAAGGGUUAAAUGAUUCUCAGAUGGUUUAAUCCCAAAGUCUGUGUUGCAGUGCAGGAUCACUCUGCCCCUUUGUCCUUCAGCUUGCUGAAAUACUGGUAAAUAAAAUUGUAGGGACACAAGCACCAAGAAAAAUGUAAAUUUCUUAAGCUAUUUUUAUGAAUGGGGAGCCACUGAUUGGCUGAGAGCAUCAUCGGACCACUCUCAGCCAGUCGGCGGCACCCCUCCCCGCGGCAGCCUUACGCUUCUGGUUUCCAAUAUUUCACCAAGUGGAAUGACAGAGGGACAGGGAGAUGCAACAUUGGUAGAUUUUUAAUAAAGUUGUUAUAGUGCCCAGAGGGUGUUUAACUUUUAGAAACUGUUUAAGAACCACAUUAUAGUGACACUCCUUGCGAGAAGUAACUCAGAUUUGUUUUUAAAUACAUUAAGUCUAUGAACAUAAUUUAAAAAUAAAAUUUUGCAAACCAUUUUUGACUUUUUCUCUGGCACCAUCACCCACUUCAUCCAUAUCAAUAAUAUGGGAACACCACACUUGCAUUAUUGAGCGCAAUUCCAUCCAUCCUGUUAUAGACAGAGUACUAGGGGGUGUUAGACUAUUGUUUACAGACAUAAAAAUAUAUAUUUUUUUUACUAAUAAAAUAUUUAUAUUAUAUUCUAUUGUUGUCUACUCAGGUGGUAGAAGGAUCAGUGCUGUGGGAAUUGCAUGCUAAAGUAAUGCAGAUAUGACCUCAUACAUAUAUGAAGACUCUAAUUAUCAUAAUUGAGUGCAUACACUGUAGAGUUCAGUGUUUUCCAAUGGCAAGCACUGGGCAUGCAUUGUUGUAAGGAAGCGUUUGUACAGAGGUUAAUGCAAGUUUACCCUGCACUACCAUACAUAUGUAUUCUCAGGAAUUUGAUUGACAUGGGUGUACUCACACAUACAGUGAGGGAAAAACGUAUUUGAUCCCCGGCUGAUUUUGAAUGUUUGGCCACUGACAAAGAAAUGAUCAGUCUAUAAUUUUAAUGGUAGGUGUAUUUUAGCAGUGAGAGACAAUAAAAAAAUAAAAUAAAAUCCAGAAAAACGCAUGUCAAAAAAGUAAUAAAAUUGAUUUGCAUGCCAAUGAGUGAAAUAAGUAUUUGAUCCCCUAUCAGUCAGCAAGAUUUCUGUCUCCCAGGCGUCUUUUAUAUAAGUAACGAGCUAAGAUUAGGAGCACUCUAAAAAAGGGAGUGCUCCUAAUCUCAGCUUGUUACCUGUAUAAAAAAAAUUAAAUAAAAAUUACCUGUACAUAGAAGCAAUCAGAUUCCAAACUCUCCACCCUGGCCAAGACCAAAGAGCUGUGCAAGGAUGUCAGGGACAAGAUUGUGGACCUACACAAGGCUGGAAUGGGCUACAAAACCAUCGCCAACAGCUUGGUGAGAAGGUGACAACAGUUGGUGCGAUUAUUGGCAAAUGGAAGAAACACAAAAUAACUGUCAGUCUCCCUCGGCUGGUGCUCCACGCAAGAUCUCACCUCAUGGAGUUUAAAUGAUCAUGAGAAUGGUGAGGAAUCUGCCCAGAACUACACAGGAGGAUCUUGUUAAUGAUCUCAAGGCAGCUUGGACCAUAGUCACCAAGAAAACAAUUGGCAACACACUACGCCGUGAAGGACUGAAAUCCUGCAGCGCCCACAAGGUCCCUUUGCUCAAGAAAGUACAUGUACAGACCCGUCUAACGUUUCACUCAUUGACAUGCAAAUCAAAUGUAUAACUUUUUUGAAAUGCUUUUUUUCUGGAUUUUUUGUUGAUGGUAUUCUGUCUCUCACAGUUAAAAUACACCUACCAUUAAAAUUAUAGACUGGUUAUUUCUUUGUCAGUGAGCAAAGGUUCAAAAUCAGCAGGGGAUCAAAUACACUUUUUCCCUUUACUGUACAUCUGAUUGCAUGGCUGUGCAGCAUCUCUCUGUUUACCAAACUAAGCUGUAACAGGGCUGUAUCCUGAGCAGCUGCAAUAUAGAUCACCAACUGGAAUUUGGAAUCUUGCUUUGGAACGCCUACCUACACUACUGAUAACACCAGUGUCCAGCUUAUUUUGCAGUUGCAGCUAUAUAAAGCUUUGCCUUAGUUAAAUGAAUGUCAAAUACCAUUUUGAUACAGGUUCUUAAGGCUGUUUGCUAAGACAUUAUUACAUCAUUGGUGCUCAAGGGACUAAGGAAUAAUUUAAAGGGACAGGCCAUGGAUUACUUUAUAUGCAUAUUAAAGCUGAGGUUGUCAUGUUACCUUGCUUAACAUGCUGAAUGUUGUUCAGUUUUUGAUAAGAUGGGAAUGAACUAGUUAUGGUGCCAGGAAAUCCCUGGCGCCAGCAUACCUUUGGGGAUUAAACGGUUAAUGAAAGGUUAAUCCCCAAAGUCUUGAAUCCAUGGUCCAACCCUUUCCGAAUCAACUCAGGGAAAAGCAGAAAAGUGGGGCAGAGCAACACGGCACUGGAUUGAAGACUUUGGCAUUAGACCAUUCAUUAACAGUUUAACUCCUAAAAGGUAAACUGGCGAUGAAACGGUUAUGACGAGUAUUUAUUGAAGCAUUUUAAAAAAAACUUUGAUAAUCUUUAUGAAAUACUCAUUGACUGUAUUGGGAUUUAAUCCAAGUAAAGAGAUAUACUGAGACAAGGUAGGGAUUACUUUUUGUCUUUAAGUUUCCUAAGAUACUGGACAGAGCUACUGCCAUCUAGAUGUGUGUCAUCCAUCAUUAGUGAUGGCUGUAGGGAAUGGACUUUACCUAUGGUGGAUGAUAUCAAAAGUCCUCAGACAGUGUCACUAAGUUAUGACCUGCUUGUUUGUGUGUGUGUGGGGCUAGCACAUUUUUGGAGCAUGUAGUUUUGUCCUAACCAUAAGUUUUAACAUGCAUGUAAGCUAUGUGGUUUGUGUCAUUUUAAAAUAGUUCCAUACCAAUAUAUUAAAGGACCACUAUAGUGCCAGGAAAACACUUGUUUUCCUGUCACUAUAGUGCCCUGAGGGUGCCCCCACCCUCAGGGUCCCCUUCCCGCCGGGCUGGAUUGAGAGGAAGGAGUUAAACUUACCUUUUUCUCCAGUGCCGGGAGGGGAGCUCUCCUCCUCCUCUUCAGCUGAAUGCACAUGCGCGGCAAGAGCCAAGCACACAUUCAGCCAGUCCAUAGGAAAGCAUUGCUGGCGUCUUCUCACUGUGAAAAUCACAGUGAGAAGUGCAGAAGCCCUCUAGCGGCUGUCAAUGAGAGUUUCUCUGAAACUGCUAUGUUUACAGCAAGCAGGGUUAAUCCUAGGUGGACCUGGCACCCAGACCACCUCAUUAAGCUGAAGUGGUCUGGGUGCCUAUAGUGGUCCUGUAACUCCUUAAGGACACAUGACAUGUGUUGACAGGUCAUGAUUCCUGUUUAUUCCAGAAGUUUGGCCCUUAAGGGGUUAAUGGUGGGCAUUCCUGGACAAAAUUCCAAAUAAAACGGAAAAUCACGUGACCUGCCUGCUGCACGUGCAACGGCCUUGUGACAGCUUGAGUUAGUAAAUAAGGGGCGGGGCAUACCGUAGCAGCCAUCCAAUCAGAAGUAGGUAUACGUAUUUACGCCCAUGUCAAUCAAGUUAAUUCUUUACCGUCAUUUGCGGUCUACUGAAGGGGGCGUGGAUUCCGAACAAAUCUGACUGGAGACCUCGUGAUUCCGGAAAUACCCGACUUAACAUUCAUUCAGCUUCGACAGCCAAUGAUCAACCACGUCUUAUGCGUUCUAUUACUGUAAAGUGGAGCGACGCGGCUAACGAUUGGCUAUGUCCUUGGCAGUUUCCUGUCAGGUCGUUCUACGAGCGCGCGCUGCCGUCACUCACGUCACAGCUUGGAAGCGCUCGGCCAUUGGCUGGGUGUCAAGAGCUCACGCGCUGAGGCAGAGUUUAUUUACAUUGUCGCCCCGCGCGCGACCAAUCAGCGUUCGAGGAUCGAGGGCAGCGCGUGCGGCGGCCCCCGGAUUGCGCACUUGUGCUGUGUGUCUCCUGUGCAGGGCUCCGCCAUGUCUGCCGCCCAGCCUCCGGCGGAGAUAUCGCCUCCUUCACCCACGGGACCCACUCUCGGCGGCUCGUCGUUCCCUCUGGUGCUCAGGAAGCUGAUCGAGAACCCGCCCAGCAGCUUUCUGGAUACAGGAGAGACCGGUGAGCGAUAACCCCGGGCCCCGCCCCUUUAACUCCCUCACUGCCGGAGCAGGGCAUGCUGGGAUGGCAAUGCUGUGUGUGUGAUAUACAGUGCUCCCCGCCCACUUUAACCCUCUCACUGCCGGAGCAGGGCAUGCUGGGAUGGCAAUGCUGUGUGUGAGAUAUACAGUGCUCCCCGCCCCUUUAACCCUCUCACUGCCGGAGAAGGGCAUGCUGGGAUGGCAAUGCUGUGUGUGAGAUAUACAGUGCUCCCCGCCCACUUUAACCCUCUCACUGCCGGAGAAGGGCAUGCUGGGAUGGAAAUGCUGUGUGUGUGAUAUACAUUGCUCCCCGCCCACUUUAACCCUCUCACUGCCGGAGAAGGGCAUGCUGGGAUGGAAAUGCUGUGUGUGUGAUAUACAUUGCUCCCCGCCCACUUUAACCCUCUCACUGCUGGAGAAGGGCAUGCUGGGAUGGAAAUGCUGUGUGUGUGAUAUACAUUGCUCCCCGCCCACUUUAACCCUCUCACUGCCGGAGAAGGGCAUGCUGGGAUGGAAAUGCUGUGUGUGUGAUAUACAUUGCUCCCCGCCCACUUUAACCCUCUCACUGCUGGAGAAGGGCAUGCUGGGAUGGCAAUGCUGUGUGUGUGAUAUACAGUGCUCCCCGCCCCUUUAACCCUCUCACUGCCGGAGCAGAGCAUGCUGGGAUGGCAAUGCUGUGUGUGUGAUAUACAGUGCUCCCCGCCCACUUUAACCCCCUCACUGCCGGAGCAGGGCAUGCUGGGAUGGCAAUGCUGUGUGUGUGUGAUAUACAGUGCUCCCCGCCCACUUUAACCCUCUCACUGCCGGAGAAGGGCAUGCUGGGAUGGAAAUGCUGUGUGUGUGAUAUACAUUGCUCCCCGCCCACUUUAACCCUCUCACUGCCGGAGAAGGGCAUGCUGGGAUGGAAAUGCUGUGUGUGUGAUAUACAUUGCUCCCCGCCCACUUUAACCCUCUCACUGCUGGAGAAGGGCAUGCUGGGAUGGAAAUGCUGUGUGUGUGAUAUACAUUGCUCCCCGCCCACUUUAACCCUCUCACUGCCGGAGAAGGGCAUGCUGGGAUGGAAAUGCUGUGUGUGUGAUAUACAUUGCUCCCCGCCCACUUUAACCCUCUCACUGCUGGAGAAGGGCAUGCUGGGAUGGAAAUGCUGUGUGUGUGAUAUACAGUGCUCCCCGCCCCUUUAACCCUCUCACUGCCGGAGCAGAGCAUGCUGGGAUGGCAAUGCUGUGUGUGUGAUAUACAGUGCUCCCCGCCCACUUUAACCCCCUCACUGCCGGAGCAGGGCAUGCUGGGAUGGCAAUGCUGUGUGUGUGUGAUAUACAGUGCUCCCCGCCCACUUUAACCCUCUCACUGCCGGAGAAGGGCAUGCUGGGAUGGCAAUGCGGUGUGUGUGAUAUACAGUGCUCCCCGCCCCUUUAACCCUCUCAGUGCCGGAGCAGAGCAUGCUGGGAUGGCAAUGCUGUGUGUGUGAUAUACAGUGCUCCCCGCCCACUUUAACCCCCUCACUGCCGGAGCAGGGCAUGCUGGGAUGGCAAUGCUGUGUGUGUGUGUGAUAUACAUUGCUCCCCGCCCACUUUAACCCUCUCACUGCCGGAGAAGGGCAUGCUGGGAUGGAAAUGCGGUGUGUGUGAUAUACAUUGCUCCCCGCCCACUUUAACCCUCUCACUGCCGGAGAAGGGCAUGCUGGGAUGGAAAUGCGGUGUGUGUGAUAUACAGUGCUCCCCGCCCCUUUAACCCUCUCACUGCCGGAGCAGGGCAUGCUGGGAUGGCAAUGCUGUGUGUGUGAUAUACAGUGCUCCCCGCCCCUUUAACCCUCUCACUGCCGGAGCAGGGCAUGCUGGGAUGGCAAUGCUGUGUGUGUGAUAUACAGUGCUCCCCGCCCCUUUAACCCCCUCACUGCCGGAGCAGGGCAUGCUGGGAUGGCAAUGCGGUGUGUGUGAUAUACAGUGCUCCCCGCCCCUUUAACCCUCUCACUGCCGGAGCAGGGCAUGCUGGGAUGGAAAUGCGGUGUGUGUGAUAUACAGUGCUCCCCGCCCCUUUAACCCUCUCACUGCCGGAGCAGGGCAUGCUGGGAUGGCAAUGCGGUGUGUGUGAUAUACAGUGCUCCCCGCCCCUUUAACCCUCUCACUGCCGGAGCAGGGCAUGCUGGGAUGGAAAUGCGGUGUGUGUGAUAUACAGUGCUCCCCGCCCCUUUAACCCUCUCACUGCCUGAGCAGGGCAUGCUGGGAUGGAAAUGCGGUGUGUGAUAUACAGUGCUCCCCGCCACUUUAACCCUCUCACUGCCUGAGCAGGGCAUGCUGGGAUGGAAAUGCGGUGUGUGUGAUAUACAGUGCUCCCCGCCACUUUAACCCUCUCACUGCCGGAGCAGGGCAUGCUGAGAUGGCAAAGCUGUGUGUGUGUGAAAUACAGUGCUCCCCGCCCACUUUAACCCUCUCACUGCCAGAGCAGGGCAUGCUGGGAUGACAGUGCUGCCUGGUGUCCCUGCUCAGUGUGUGAUAGAGGACACUCAGUGCUAUCUAUAGCAGGUCAAGGGUUACUCUCUGAGUAAUGGAUAUACAUGGUUAAGACUUUUGGGCCGAAACGAUGUAUUAUUCUUAUUAUUAUUUUUGUCUUUUUAAUUGAGUAAACACUUUUUCGAUAUCUUGCAAGUUUUUUGUGCAGCUUAUACUUUUUCUUAUUUUUUAUUGUAUUUUAUUUUUUAUAAUGCAUUUUAAUUUGAAUUGCAGAGUUGUAGUGUAUAACUAGCUGAUUUGGGGGUAAUUCUUCACUCAUAGAUUGGCUGAUUAAUCUUUAUGUUGAAAAUCAGAUUUGGUUGGUCUCAAAUUUGAAUCUUAAUUUUUUUUACUGCACAAUCACUGAAGUGAUCCUGUUAGAGUAUCAUUUAAAGGGGCACUGUAGUGUCAAGAACAAAGCGUGUAUUCCUGACAUUAAAGUUCUCAAACCACUAUUUAAUUGUCGUAACUCCCCCUUACCUUAGGUUAAAAGGUGACUUUCCUUGUUCUAGUGCUGUGCAGGUUUCUUGCCCCGCCCCCCAAUCUGCUUCCUUGACUGACAAAAUUAGAAUUGAUAAUCUAAGCCAAUCACAAUGCUUUUCCAUGGGAAAGUAGGGAAUCAUAGGUAAGCCACAUAACGCCCUCUUUGCAGUUCUUUGGAUCCUGUUACUACCAUCAGGCAUUUCUCAGGCCUGCCUGUGUCACCAAGCAGGGCCAAUUGCAGGACACAGGAGGACUGCAGUGUAGGGUGUGUUUUACAAUCGUCUUCCAAAGCACAAUAAUAUUGAAAAAUGUAUCCUUAUUGCGAUUUCUCUUCCCGAACAUAGGCCAUGCCAGCACUGAUUAUAGGGCUAGCUCUCCCCCCAUCAAGUUAGACAGAAAUUUAUUACAAAUGAUUAAUAACUAUCCUCCCUUUGGUUUCCUUAGUCUGGUACAAAGCCUGUCCCCAGGGUGGGAAUGUAGUGCUGUCAUGGCCUAUGACCAGGAAAACAAAAUAACAAUAAAUAGAGAUCACUUUUCUAGUUUCUAGGCCAUAUAAAUGGCAGCACUGACUACAAGGAAAAUUCAAAGAAUUUGAACAAGGGAUUGAGAAUAAACAACAGAAAGACAUAAUAUAAUGCCAGAGAAAAGUAAAUUUAUUUGACUAUAAACACCAUAAACCAGAUUAAUAUAUAGCUGGAUGAAGUAUUUUGUAGGCAUACUCCUCAAUAACUCUUCCACUGACAUCCGUUUAAUUGGAGGCAGAAUCUUCAACACUGCAAAAAGGAAGAGAUAUAUAUCUUUAUUCAAGACGCAUUUGAUGCCAAGCAAAACUAAGAUAGCAGAAAUUUGAGUUUUUAAGGAAUUCCUGCCUUUUCCUUUAUCUAAGCCUUUGCAAAAAGAAUGUUGCCAGUUGAAAAAUAGAAAAAAAACAGACCCUUUGUUAUUACCCAUUAGCAGAGCACACUCUAGGACUAGGUCCUAUGAUAUGCUGCCAAGUUGAGUUUUUCCUAGUUUAAAGAAGGGAGGCACCACUGAAGAGACAAACCCUUUAGCUUCCGGCUUUGCUUUCUCAAUUUCCUUGCAUCAAAAGGGGAUAGGAUCUGGAUGUUCUGGCCUUUCAUUGGUGGUUCCAGUGCCAUUUUCCUCAGCAGAGUAGCAAAGGCUUUCAUGGCCAACAAAAGAUCACCACAAUCAUCAGCACCAUUUCCCUGCAAAUUGUUUUGACAGAGGGAGAAUCAAGACCGUUGGAAGGAAAGCCUGCCCAAACUAAGGACUCCACCUGCAAGUCCAAGCUUCCAUUCCCUUUACCGAGUGAGAUGUCUAGUACCCAUAAUGUCCAUUUGUGGCAAGCUAUAUUUCAACACUACUUGAUUGAAUAUCUUUGAGGACAAGGAUAAUUCCCCCACCUCUACCACCUUCACGUUUUGCCUUUAUGGAAAAGAUAUUGUCUAUGGAGGAACCUGCUAGGUUCUCCAUAGAACAUGCCGCUUUCCAUAAAGACGUGGGCUCCUGGAAGAUGAAACAUGGCUUCAAUGGACAGGUUUAAGUAAAGCUCACAUUCCUCUGCACCACUCAGCCAGUGGACACCAAACAGAGGCGUACCUGUGGGAAGGUCUUUGCAAAAUAUGCGAAGACUGCAGAUGGUGACAGAGCCGCUUUUAAGGAGUCUCACGGAUAAGAGUGUGGCAAACUGCAAAUAAAGGUCUCUUGUAAAGGCUUCUUGCACAUUUUUUCUAUUCCCCUGUUUCUCAAAUUACUUGCACCCUUCUGUUCAUUCACCUGAAUGUAUCAUUAUUUUCAUGAUUUGGUGUGAGACCACUAUCCACAUGGGUGAAUUCUAACAAGCAGCCACCUUCACCGAAUAAACUGUGUGUUCCAAACAAGUAAUUUUUCUUCUAAGACUAAAUAUGAAACAAAAGACAAAAUGAUCUACAAUACAAUAAUAACAGAGAACAACAUAGUAUAAUACUGUUUUAGAAAUUUAAAAAUAAAAGGUUGGUGUAGUAGUUGCACUCACAAACCAAAAUUGAUUGUAGGCAUAUCAUCAGAUUAAUUGAAGACUCAAAAUUCGCAGGACAUCAUGGCCAAUAUGUAGAAGGAAAGGAAAAUAAUAGUAAUAGUGCAGAGUAUCAUAAUAAAGAUAAAUAUUUUAAUGUAAAAAUACACUUACAAAAUUGAAGUGAAAUACAGGCACAUCACACACUGUCAGUUUGAUCACAGGGUCCCAAUAAAAUGGAGCACCAGAAGGAACAGCAAUGUUGACAAAUAAAAUAAAAUUACAAAUAACUAAAUAAAAUAAUACUAAAAGUCUGCACUAAUAGAAAAAGCCCUACGCGUUUCGUUCAAAUAAUUGAACUUCCUCAGGGGCAAAUAAAGCUUCCUUCUAACCAGCAUUGAUGUCUCUAAACUCUGAGUCCUCUUUUAAAUCUUUCAAUUUUGGCGCGCCGGAUGGUCGGGCCUGUUGGCAGCGCACUUCCGGGUUCGUCAUAACAAAUACUUCCAGAUGUAUUCAAUCCUUCCUGGAGUACAAUUCAAGCCUCGUUUCCAAAAUGAAGCUAAAGAUGAUGACGCACGACAGACUUCCGGGUUCGUCGUAAUAAGUACUUCCGGAUGUAUUUAGCUCUUCCGGAAAUGUGGUUCAAGCCUCGUUUUCAAAAUGAGGCCAAUGAUAACGCACCGAUGUGCGUUCCACUUGACAAUUUGCAUACCACCAUAGAAACAAAAGAAUCACAAAAUAAAUUGAUACAACAUCUUUUCGAGAUUGAUUAUACAUUCAUAAAGAUUCCAACAAUAAAUUUGUCUCAACCUUCACCCAAGAAUAGUAAUCCAGAAACAUCAAUCAAAAUAACAAAAUAUAAUAAUGUGAAAAAAUAUAAGGAAAAGAUAAAUUAAAAUAAAAUAAAAAGAUAAGAUAAUGUAUAAAAUAAAAGUGAAAAUGAAAUAGAAUGGAAACAUAAAAAGGGAAUAAAAAUAUAAUUAAAAUAAAAAUAUGAAAAUGAACAAAUGAAUAAUAAUAUUGAAAUAAAAAAACUUAUUAAAGAAAACAAAUCAAAAUCAACAUUAAGUCCCUUUGGCUGCAUAGUUUGUAAAGUGUGAAUCCAAUAUCCCUCUCUCUUUCUCAACAACAACCCUAAAUCACCACCUCUCUCAUCUAGAGCUACCUGUUUGACCACGAUACAUUGGAGAGUAUUAAAAUUAAAAGAAGGGCACUUAUUACAGUGCACUGGCACUGAAUGAGUUAACAUAUAUUUUCUGAUGUUAUUUCAAUGCUCCUGAAAUCUAAUUUUAGCUUUUCUUCCCGUCCUCCCCACAUAUUGCAACCCACAUCCACAUGUCAGAAGGUAUACAACAUGUGUGGAAGAACAGGAAACUAAACUUUUUAUUUUAAAUGUCUUUUUGGUUUGGGUACUACUGAAAUUAGUGACAAUUUUGUGUCGGUGAUUACAAUUAACACAAUUUCCACAGGUAUGAAAACCUUCUUUGGCCUAAUUCCGAGAGGCCUUAGACUUGAAAAAAGACCUGCAAAUGGGCUAGAAAAAUCUAAACAUAUUGAACGAUGGGAUUCAGCAUUAGAGAAAUGCUCAAUUAUUCUUAUGGAGAUUAUUGUUGAUUUUGAAAAAGAGAAUUUAAAAGAUGUUUCUAACGAAAUGAGCAAAUUAACUGAGUCAAAUAAUUUAGAUAGAGAUUCUCCUGAAUUUAAAACAAAGGAGAAAAUACUUUUUGAAAGGAUAGAAAAGUUAGAUGACAACAUUGCACAAACUAAAAAUAAAAAAUACCUAAGAGAUAAAAAUGACAAAGUUAAUAAUGCUCAUUCUACUCUUAACAAAAUAGACAGAAAAAUUAGAUAUAGAGAAAGUGGUAGAUCCAAUUAUAAGAAUGCUAACAGAGAAAUAACAUUUUUGGAAAGAAAUCAAUCGGGUUCACGUCCACGAUGACAUACAUCUUCAUCUGAUCGUUUUGCCAAUAAAUCCUCCUUUAGGAUAAAAAAUGAUAAAUUUACUCAACCCCCCUUGACCUCCAGGUCUAGACCAGAUUCUUCCCCUAUAGAAAGAACAACUACCUCACCCCAGGUUUAUGACAACCAAUCUAAGAGGGAUUUUUUAGGGAAGGGGCGAGACCGAAGAAAGGGAGAAAUAACAGAGUUCUUUCCCCCCAGGUCUCAAGAACUACCCCUAACCAAUCGAUUCAUGCCAUUAAGAGAGAGAAAUACCCCAGGGAAUAGGAGAUUGAGUGGAGGGACAAUGGGGGUCUGAUACUUACUCAAUUAGAGGAAGAAAAAUUGGGUGUUUUCACUAUUUCCAAAUUUGACAUAACUUCUCAAGAAAUUCUUCUUUUAAGCAAAGGUCUGAAGUUGGUUCCAGAAGAACCACCAAUUUUUUUUCAGUUAUUUAUAGAUGCUCAAAAGUUCAUUAGAAAAAUGUCAAUUAAGAGAUUUUUUAUAAAGAAAAAUAUGGAAGGUUAUACAAAUGAUGCAUCUAAUACAGAUAAAAUUGUACACAAGUUUAAACCUAAAUCCAAAUUUUGUCCAAAUGAAAAAGGGAGUCAGAUUGAGGCAUUUAACAAAAUGAUAAUUAGAGAUUUUGAGAGACUUGGAAAGAAAAAUAAUAAGGGAUCUAAAUGUAAAAUCUUGAGAGACUUGAAAAAUAGGAAGGAAUUGACCAUCAAGAGUGCCGAUACGGGAGGUGGCAUUGUAAUCAUGUCAACCGAUUAUUAUAUGACUGAGAUCUAUAGAUUACUUGAGGACCACCUUACCUAUAAAAAGCUAACCUACAACCCGAACUUCAAGUUUAAUCAAGAACUUAAGAUCCUUUUAAAUAAGGCUAAAUUGUCAGGUGCCCUUGAUGAACUUACUUACUCCUUUAUUUUUUUUGAAUUCCCCCAAGGUACCCACUCUAUAUUUUCUUCCGAAAAUCCACAAAUGUAAAGAAAGACCACCUGGUAGGCCGAUCAUUAGCGGCAUAGAUUCUCUGACAUCGAAGCUCUCUGAGUAUAUUGAUUUCCAUCUACAGAAAUAUGCUCAGGGAGCGAUGUCAUACCUUAGAGAUACCAAACAUCUGAUCCAGGAAUUAAAAUCAAUUAAGUGGAUGGAUGGAUAUGUUUGGGUUACCCUAGAUGUAACCUCUCUCUACACCGUUAUCGAUCAUGAUCUCGGUGUUAAGGCAGUUAAGAAUAAUCUAGACAACGACAUCAAUCUUACACCCCUAUUCCGUACUUUUUUGGAAGAAGCUAUUCAUUUUAUUUUAACUCACAAUUUUUUUUAGUUUUAAUAAAGAAUUUUUCCUCCAAACUAAGGGUACAGCAAUGGGCACCAAGUUUGCACCUAGUUAUGCCAACGUAUUUAUGGACUACUGGGAGAGAUUGUCUAUUUGGUCCAACAAUCCCUAUGGUGCAAACUUGGUGCUCUGGAAGCGCUAUACUGACGACAUUUUGGUCACUUGGUGCGGUCCCUUGGAUGAAUUGGAGGAUUUUUUUCAAAUAUAUUAAUCUCAACUCUCUAUCUUUAGUAUUUACCCCCCAGGUGGGCAUCUCCAAUAUCGAUUUUCUAGAUUUAUCCAUUUUCAUUGAAAAUGGGGACAUCAAAACGAAAACCUUUUUCAAGAUUACCGACACGAACAGCUUCAUUGACACUGCAAGUGGACACCAUCCAAACUGGCUUAGGGGUGUUCCCAAAAGCCAGUUCAUUAGGAUGCGCAGAAACUGCAGUGAUUUAGAUAUGUUUUAUUCCCAAGCGAAUAUUUUGAAAAGUCGGUUUCUAGAGAAAGGUUAUUGUCCGGAACUUCUAGAUGCUGAGAUAAUAAGAGUAGGGAAUAUUAAUAGAGAUGACUUUUUGGUUAAUAAAAAUAAAACGGAUGUUAGAAACCCUAUGUUCGAUUUCUCUUUCAAUACCCAAUAUAGUUCCAGAGCCUUCGACGUACAGAAUAUCAUUAAGAAACAUUGGGGGCUACUUAUUGAGGAUGACUACUUAAACACCCAGAUUCCACAGGUUCCUAAAAUUAUCUUUAGGAAGGGAGUGAAUUUUAAACAAAUUCUUGCACCUAGUACCUUCUGGUCAGGGAAUGAAACAGCUAAAACCAAAGAAGGUUUUCGUACCUGUGGAAAUUGUGUUAGUUGUAAUCACCGACACAAAAUUUUCACUAAUUUCAGUAGUAACCAAACCAAAAAGACAUUUAAAAUAAAAAGUUUAGUUUCCUGUUCUUCCACACAUGUUGUAUACCUUCUGACAUGUGGAUGUGGGUUGCAAUAUGUGGGGAGGACGGGAAGAAAAGCUAAAAUUAGAUUUCAGGAGCAUCGAAAUAACAUCAGAAAAUAUAUGUUAACUCAUUCAGUGCCAGUGCACUGUAAUAAGUGCCCUUAUUUUAAUACUCUCCAAUGUAUCGUGAUCGAACAGGUAGCUCUAGAUGAGAAAGGUGGUGAUUUUAGGGUUGUUGUUGAGAAAGAGAGAGGGAUAUUGAAUUCACACUUUACAAACUAUGCAGCCAAAGGGACUUAAUGUUGAUUUUGAUUUGGUUUGUUUUCUUUAAUAAGUUUAUUAUUUCAAUAUUAUUAUUAUUAUUUGUAUUAUUAUUCAUUUGUUCAUUUUCAUAUUUUUAUUUAUAUUUAUUUUUAUUAAAAAUUUUUUAUUUUAAUUAUAUUUUUAUUUUAAUUAUAUUUUUAUUCCCUUUUUCUUUUCUUUUUAUGUUUCCAUUCUAUUUCAUUUUUAUUUUUAUUUUAUACAUUAUCUUAUCUUUUUAUUUUAAUUUAUCUUUUCCUUAUAUUUUUUCACAUUAUUAUAUUUUGUUAUUUUGAUUGAUGUUGUUUCUGGAUCACUAUUCUUGGGUGAAGGUUGAGACAAAUUUAUUGUUGGAAUCUUUAUGAAUGUAUAAUCAAUCUCGAAAAGAUGUUGUAUCAAUUUCUUUUGUGAUUCUUUUGUUUCUAUGGUGGUAUGCAAAUUGUCAAGUGGAACGCACAUCGGUGCGUUAUCAUUGGCCUCAUUUUGAAAACGAGGAUUGAACCACAUUUCCGGAAGAGCUAAAUACAUUCGGAAGUAGUUAUUACGAUGAACCCGGAAGUCCGUCAUGCGUCAUCAUCUUUGGCCUCAUUUUGGAAACGAGGCUUGAAUUGUACUCCAGGAAGGAUUGAAUACAUCUGGAAGUAUUUGUUAUGACGAACCCGGAUGUGCGCUGCCGAUAGGCCCGACCAUCCGGUGUGCCAAAAUUUAAAGAUUUAAAAGAGGACUCAGAGUUUAGAGACAUCAAUGCUGGUUAGAAGGAAGCUUUAUUUGCUCCUGAGGAAGUUCAAUUAUUUGAACGAAACGCGUAGGGCUUUUUCUAUUAGUGCAGACUUUUAGUAUUUUAUUUAGUUAUUUGUAAUUUUAUUUUAUUUUGUUUUAUUUGUCAACAUUGCUGUUCCUUCUGGUGCUCCAUUUUAUUGGGACCCUGUGAUCAAACUGACAGUGUGUGAUGUGCCUGUAUUUCACUUCAAUUUUGUAAGUGUAUUUUUACAUUAUAAUAUUUAUCUUUAUUAUGAUACUCUGCACUAUUACUAUUAUUUUCCUUUCCUUCUACAUAUUGGCCAUGAUGUCCUGCGAAUUUUGAGUCUUCAAUUAAUCUGAUGAUAUGCCUACAAUCAAUUUUGGUUUGUGAGUGCAACUACUACACCAACUUUUUAUUUUUAAAUUUCUAAAACCGUAUUAUACUAUGUUGUUCUCUGUUAUUAUUGUAUUGUAGAUCCUUUUGUCUUUUGCACUAUUUUGAGGACCUUGAGGAGUCCUUAUCUACAGUACUUAUAGUACAAGGGUAACUGUGUUUAGGAUUUCUCCUAUCUGUUGCCCACUAAGUGUGUGCUCUAUCCACGUUUUGGUGUAUCUGUACAGUUUCUGUAUUUUUUUAAAUAUGAAGCAAGUUGUAAUACUCAAACAAUAACAAGUAAGCACUAUAAAUGCUAGUGUAACAGCUUCAUUUUUUUUUUUUCUGACUAAAGUUCCGCAAAUAUUAAUAUUGGCAGAUCAGAUUUGUAGUUGUGUUUUUUUUGUUAUUUUGUUUUGUUUGUGUUCAUGCAUUGUAAUGAUUGGGCAGUGAUCAUAUUGAAAACCAUUAUUCCUACAGUACUAAAACACCAUUAAUGUCACCAUUGAAAAUGUUGUCAAAUAAUAUAAACAUUUUUAUUCAUUCGUCUAAUUGACCCUCUCUUAUGUGACAGAAAAAGACAAAAAGAAAUUGGAUAAGAAUGAUGACUUUGAUGGAAACUCUCUGUUGGCUUCUGCUGCGCUUAUGCCCCCCAUCUGGGAUAAAACCAUUCCUUAUGAUGGUGAAUCCUUUCAUUUGGAGUACAUGGACCUGGAUGAGUUCUUACUGGAGAAUGGGAUACCAUCCAGCCCAACACAUUUGGCCAAGAGUAUCCAGAACUCCCUCAUAUCUGUAGCUGAACUGGAAAAUGAAGAAGAAUCCGCAUCCACAUCUUCUUCGUCACCUGUAUCACCCUCUGUGCUGUUGCAGCAGUCUGAAGAAAAAGGUAACAUUACAGGGAGGCCAUUGAAAAAUAUUAUGAUGCAUGAUAGAUAGUUUUGACAGCGUAAAUUUAUUUAUUUUUUUAAAUUGCCAAAUGUAUUAUUUAUAUGUGUGUAUUUGUCGUUUCUGCUCAUAACAAAAAGGGGUUGCUCCAGCAAAGACCUUGGAUAUCUAAUACAAAAGGGUUUUAUUUUAUAAGGUAAUUUGACAGUGUUGGUGUUAGAGUAAGCAAUUGCAACACUACAACUCCAAUGAGAAGGUUAGAAUUUUAAUUGCAAACAAAUCUGAUUUAAAAACUCUACAUAGUUGCAGCUGGUAUGUGUAGUCUUUACAUGAUUGAAAUCACUUCAGAGUGCUGAACUACAUAUAUGUUCAGUUUCUUAUUAUACAUUGCAGGUUAAUGGAUUUUGAAUACCUGGUGUGAAACCAGAUGUUGCAUCCCAUGCCAUUUUACUGGCUUCCUUAUGGUUAAAAGUGCGCGUAUUAGUCAGGAUCUAGAUAGCUCUAGUGUAUAUUGAUUAUUAAAGCAGCACCUACUACCCCAGUGCAAUGGAGUCCUCUUUAACACUAAGAAAAACCUAUGAAGGUAUAGGGAGCUAGAUUUGUGCAGAAAUUAAUACUCAUUUGAGGUUGACAUUUUGCAUUUUUAAAACGCUAAACAAAGUUAACUGACAUUUCAGAAACUGAAAUAAAGAAUGAGGAUGAUCCUCCAAGCCCAAUAGAUCCAGAUAAAGUGGAAGUGGAAGUAAACUUCAAUCCAGACCCAACAGACCUGGUUCUUUCCAGUGUCCCGGGAGGGGAGCUCUUUGACCCCAGGAAGCACCGUUUUGCUGAAGAGGAGCUUAAACCGCAGCCCAUGAUCAAGAAAGCAAAGAAAAUCUACGUACCAAAUGAAAUGAAGGUACAUGCAACAUCUAAGUGGGACAUGUAUGACCCACUUUUAAGCUGUUUUAAUUUUUUUUGUAAAACCUUUGCCUUUAAAAUGACCACAUUGAACAGUUAUUUUUAUUGCGGUGUCUUAUUGGUUUACAGUGUAAACCUGGGAGGAAUGAAUAAUUUUUUGCAUGUUAAUUCUCUCAGCUCAUUUUAUUUGGGGGUUUAACCAAACUGCAAUAUUGCUCUCAAAGCUUGAUAUAGGUUUAAUCAGCUCAUUGUAUAUUUUUCUGCUUAAUUUGCUAUAGGAUGAAAAAUACUGGAACCGACGGAACAAGAACAAUGUGGCAGCCAAACGUUCCCGUGAUGCAAGACGGCUGAAAGAGAAUCAAAUCACUGUCCGAGCAGCAUUUCUGGAAAAAGAGAAUACCGCGCUACGUAUGGAAGUGGCAGAACUGCGCAAGGAGUUGGGAAAAUGCAAGAACAUAAUAUCCAAAUACGAAAGCCAGUAUGGACAUGUGUAAGCAUCCUCCAUUUUAUUAACCCCUUUCCUUCCUUGGGCAAUACCAAACACAUGAUUACAGCCCAUAAUAAUAUGGAAGCAUAUUAUCUUAUUUACAAACAGACUGUUAAAGAGCACUUAGCUGGGAGGAAGACCUAAUGGAUCUCAUUCAAAUGGAGACUAUUUUUGCAGUUUUAAAGACACAAACGCAGUUUUAAAGACACAAACAUUUUAUUUAUCUUUUUUAAAGUGAAAAAUAAAAUUGGAAAAUAAACAUGGAUUGUUUAAUGUAUACAUACAUCAGCCAUCAUUUAUGCCAAUCCUGGCUUAUACGGUUAAUAUAAUCGCAUGCACAAGACUGGGUUUACCAGGAGAAUAUAUAAUUGAUUUACUUAUUAAUGCCACAUGCUUCUUAGAACAGUGGUAAUUCAAUAGUACUAGAUACAUGCAGGCCAGUGCUCUUUGUGUCUGAGCCCUGCGAUAUAACACAACCUGUAAGGACUGUGUAUCCGGGCAUAGAAGAAAACAAUUUGGCUUGAAAAUGCAUCCGUUGGAGUUUAACCUUGAUACAGGUAUGUGUGGAUUGCCCUUUCCACAAUACUUUGCCUUUCUUUUAGACUGGCUGAGUGAGUAGGGAGUUGUCAGACAUCUGCGCAUGGCAAGAUUAGCUGACUUUUGUGGACUGUAUUUCCUUUAAUGCUCUUUCUUUUUUUAACCUUGCAGUGCAUUAGUGGACAUUUAGUCCACACACAUAUGCAGUGCCAAGGCCAAUCAUUUUAUGUAACGCUAACAUAUUCUGCAGUACUGUACAAUAGGUAAAUAAGAUAAACCCUAAAUUCAAACAAAAUAUGAUUGGCAUUAUUGAACAGUAGGUGAAGAGUGGCUCUGCCCAAACAAUCUAAAAUCUUAGGGUUGCUAUUGUUCGCCUUUAGACUUGCCAAUCAUUAUAGGAAAUGCAGUCGGUAAACAUCUGCAGUACAAGGCUAACCACUGCAUAAGUGCUGGUUUUCUUUCUUUAAAAAAAAUUAAAAAAAAUAAAUAAAAAUAUAUAUAUAUAUAUAUAUAUAUAUAUAUAUAUAUAUAUUUUUUUUUUUUUAUAUUUUUUUUGUGCAUUGAAAAUACAAGACUGAUGUGCGGCAUAAGACAGAAAAAAACAAACAUGAGAACUCAAACAGUGAAGUAUAGAUAGAGAUAGAUAUAGAUAUAUCUAUAUAUAAUCAAGCUAAUCGGUCAUGUCUAACAGUGAGGCAAUUUUAGAGCUAAGCAUAGUUUGGUAUGGUAUAUAUGUCUAGGUCAGAAUCUAAAUCGACGCUCAGGGUUUCAUUAAACUAGCUAGACAUGAGAUUAUAAAAAUUGUAGGAAUUCUAGUAAGUUAGGUUAGCUGGCUGGCUAAUGCUUGAUAUUCCACUGGAGCUCGCCAGAACACUGCAAUAUACAAACUUUAAAUGCAGCUGAGAUCAUUUAAAAAAAAAAAAAAAAGAGAGAAAAUAAACCAAACACAGCAAUAACUAUAAAACCGGAGCAUUAGUAGGGAUCAAGAUGGCUUCUAGCAUCAAAAGAAAGAGGCUAAAUGGGAACGUUAGAGUUGCCCAAACGGAUUUUUGAAUUUUAUUUAUAAAAACUAAAAAUAAUGUAUUUAGUGCUGGAUAGGAGUUAGAGGUGCACAAAGAGUUGUAAAUCCAGCUUUGGGUAUGUACAAAGCUUUUCUAGGAUUCUAAAAUAGACAGGUGUGUUUGUUUUGGAAUAAAACCAUGCAAUUUAUUAAAAAAGCUUUGAAUUAUUCAUUUCGCCAGAAACUGUCUGCUAGUAAAGUAAGCUAUUUCUUUUGCUUAAACUCAUCUGUCAGUUUUUACAUUUAGGUCCUUUUGUAGAUAUAGCCAGUGACAAAUAUCUGGAUUUCUUGUAAUUUUGUAGCUUCCUCUUUGACAUAUGCUUGUGAGAAUAAGUAUAAAAAAAAAUCUGUUUUAUAUUAAAUGUCCUUCAUUUCAAUUGCUCUAAUUUAACUGAAAUUUGAUCUAUAGCUUUCAAAGAUUUGCAUUAAACUAAAACUUGUCUGAAUUAAGAUGAAUUGUAUUUGGUUGAUGCUUCUGUUGUCUGUUUCUUUAACUCCUACUGACUCUGUUUUGCUUUUAUUUAAAGUGACUUCUCAGAUUCAGAGUGACAGCUUUCAAUAUUUUUAUUUUUUUAUUUUAACAAAACAAAAAACAUUUUCACAAUAAAGUAGCAAUUUUCUUGGACAUGGUAACUGUGGAUAGAACAUUUGAACAGAUGAAUAUUUCUGCAGAUCCUGCCAAUCAUCGGAAAGCAACUUCGAUACACAUAAGAAGACUCACUUUUUGGAAAAUGCAUUGUUGGACAAAAAGGAAUAUUUUAUAAAUUUCAUAUAGGGUUUGCUUUAUGUUUUUAUAUAUAUAUCACCUCUCUUCCUUUAUCCCAUCUCUUUGUAUUUAACAGUUAGUAACCAGAGUUUUGUUUAAAAUGAAUACUUUGCUUUCAGUGAUGAAGUAGCUCUUGGCGAGAAUGUGUCAAAUUUGUACCCUACAGAAAUAUUAUUUUUAGAUGUGAUUUUCUUUAUCUUAUCAAAGCUAUUUAGAUAGUUAUGUGUAUUAAAACUUUUUUUGUGUGUGUGGAAUGUGUUUGUAGAAAAAAAUAAACAUUUUUUUUUGUAAAUUUUUAAUUUUUGUUGCUCAUAUAAGCACCACUGCAUCAAAAUAGAUCUCAGGGAUAUUUCAUUUCAUGUUAAUUUUAUUGAGUUUGAUACAAAUGAUUUUUGAGAAUGUGAUCAUUUAUUUACUUCCCUGCCCUCCCUGUGAGCAUCAUGGAAGUGAAACUGAUUAUCUGUAGUGUGUUAAGCUCACAUGAGUUGACAAGUAUCCUUUGUAAGAAAUGAUAAUGUAAUCGUAAAAGUUUUUUUAAGUAUCAACAAAUACAAUAAAUGUAUGCCAAGUCUUCAAAGUUCUUUUUGUUAAAAAUAAAUUGUAUAUACAAAUAAACAAUACAAAAGUGUGCAUAAAGUCAAUUUAAUGUAUGUAAUUAGAUUUCCAUCCUUAACAUAUGGAUAGAAGUCAUUUUACACUUGGCAUGAUUUAAAAAUGGCAUGAAUGUAAAAAAUGAAAAAGAAAACCAUGAAUUUCCAAGCGGGAUAUUUUGCUUUAAAUCAAUAUCGUUCUAUAUUCCCUCGCUCUUUUUAAUUGGUUUAAAUGUAACGGCUAUGUUGUCAGUAUACACAUGAAUAUUGGGAGAUGCCAUGUGUGCAGUUGAUCCAUUUCCUAACAGCAAAGCAAUAUCACACAAUUCCUUCAAUUCAUGCAUCUGAUCUGUAAGAAUAGUGGGAUCCAGACACUAUGGCCAAAAUUUUAAUAUUUUUGGAUAUGCUUUUCAAAUUAUACUAUGACCUAUAUAUGUAUGUAUUUGUGUAAAACAAAAACA